AAUAGGUCAGAUACUGUAUAUCGCUUUGACAAGCGAUAAAAGCGUCACCUAAGAAAUGAAAAAUAAUGUUAUAAAAAUAAUGACCCACAUUUUAUGACUCAGUACGUGUAGCUUCUGGGUUUGUGAGUGGAACACGGUAUCCGGGUUCACGGAGCAGUGGAGGGAGUGACCGAGGCAACGCUCGUUUCCAGUGGGAAAGCGCAGUAUCACAGUACAUCACCGCAGCAGCAGGACCGUCACCGCGGCAAGCGAAGCGUCGUCUCCCCUCACCGGGCAUGGACGGAGAGGGUGCCCGAGACGGAGAGCCAACCCGCCACAACGCGAUGAAUUUCGCUUUUCUUCGUGGCUUCAUCAUGUGGCUAGUUCAACUCGUGCCACUUAGUCUUAUGUUCUAAAAAACAGCUACACGUUGCAAGCAUGGAAAAGAUGUUCAACGUCUCGCACCCGGGGACCCAUAAAAGCAGCUCGGGAUCGUCGGAUCGCGGCCAUCCGGCCAAGAGGCUAGGGGGGAGCGGCUCCCGCAGUCCAGGGCCGCCAGGCAGUAGCCGCGGAGGAACGUCGGCGAGCAGCGGGGGCGCGCAGCUGGAAGGAGUGCUAAGUAAAUACACGAACCUGCUGCAGGGCUGGCAGAACAGGUAUUUUGUACUGGACCCAGAGAAGGGGCUGCUUCAGUACUUUGUCAACGAACACAGUAAAAACCAGAAGCCCCGUGGCUGGCUGCCCCUAAUUGGUGCAUCUGUGGUCCCGAGUGAUGAGGCUCCCUGCAUGUUCACAGUCUACUCGGCCAAUGGGGAGUUCUACAAACUCAGAGCUGCAGAUGCCAGGGAGCAACAGCUUUGGAUGAGUCAGCUGCAGGCUUGUGCUCGUCGCCAUUCCGACAGCAGUGCCAAAGGUUUGUCCUCAGCGUCCUCAGGUCGUACCCGCAGCUUCUCCUUGCUUCCUCACCCCUUGCCCACUUCGUCACCCAGCAGCUCACGGCCUACAGCCCAAAGUGGAGUGUCCGGCAGCGUUGUCACGAUCACACACCACAAGUCACCUGCUGCUGCCCGCCGUGCCCUCAGCCAGUACUCAGGGAGGCUGCUGGAGGUCAAAGAGAUCAUGAACCAGGCAGAAGGACAGCAGAAGACAUUGGUGCAUUCCAUUGAAUCCCUGCCAACCCGUGGACCGCUUUCCUCACUGGACCAGGACCUUUUGUUGCUGAAGGCCACCUCUGCUGCUACGCUGAGCUGCUUGGGCGAGUGCUUGAACAUCCUGCAGCAGAACGUUAACCAGCAGAAUCAAAGUGUCAACCAUGGGAACACCCAGGGCCAGCCUACAGACAGUGUCCCUGGAUGGCUAGGCCCCACGUCAAUUGUGGAGGAAGAACAGCAGAAGAAUGACACUGAGACCCCUGUGAACUGGUCUGCUGAGCCAUCCCUUGUGAUCAAGAGCAAAGACCUACCCAGAAACUCUGAGAGCCCCAGUCUGGAGACCAUAGAUCCCAGUGAAGAGACCACUGACACAGAGGAUAAUGAGGAGGAAAACCUGGGCGUCAUGGAUGACCAGCGCAGCAUUAUCCUGCACCUCCUUUCGCAGCUCAAGCUGGGUAUGGACCUCACACGGGUGGUGCUCCCCACCUUCAUCCUAGAGAAGCGCUCCCUCCUUGAGAUGUAUGCCAACUUUAUGGCGCACCCAGACAUGUUCCUGGCUAUCACGGCAGGCACCAAUGCAGAGGAACGCAUGGUGCGCUUUGUGGAGUAUUACCUGACGGCCUUCCACGAGGGCCGCCAUGGUGCUGUGGCCAGAAAACCCUACAAUCCACUCUUGGGUGAGACCUUUCACUGCUCCUGGGAAGUGCCCCAUGAUCGUGUGCGACCCCUAGGGACUAACAGCAGUGCGUCAGCACUGAGGGACCCCACCUGGCCAGAGUCCAGUGACUCAACCAUACCGAACAGCUACCUUGUGCGGUUUGUGGCUGAGCAGGUGUCCCACCACCCACCCAUUUCUGGGUUCUACUGCGAGUGCCAGGAGCGCCAUAUGUGCAUAAAUGCCCAUGUGUGGACCAAGAGCAAGUUCAUGGGCAUGUCCAUUGGGGUUUCCAUGGUUGGUGAAGGAGUGCUUUACCUUCUUGAACACGAUGAAGAGUAUGUCUUCACUCUGCCCAGCGCCUAUGCCCGCUCCAUCCUCACAGUACCCUGGGUGGAGCUGGGGGGAAAAGUCUCCAUCACUUGUGCCAAGAGUGGCUAUUCUGCCUCUGUCACAUUCCACAACAAGCCUUUUUAUGGUGGCAAGGUCCACAGGGUCACAGCAGAAGUGAAGCACAACUCAACCAACACCAUUGUGUGCAAGGCCCAGGGAGAGUGGAACAGGACACUUGAGUUCACCUACAACAGUGGAGAAAUCAAAGUGAUUGACACUUCCAAACUGCCAAUCAUUAAGAAGAGAAUUCGGCCUCUGGAGAAACAAGGCCAGCAUGAGUCAAGGAGGCUCUGGCAGCAUGUGACAGCAGCACUAAAGAAGGGCAAUAUUGAUGGUGCCACAGAGCACAAACAUCAGUUGGAGGAAUGCCAGCGGGCUGAGGAGAGACAGAGAGCAGCUGCCAAUAUGCCCUGGAAGCCCAAGUACUUCGUGAAAGAGGGUGAAGGCUGGGUGUACCACAACCCCCUGUGGAAGAAGCACUGACAUGCAGCCAUCCAUCACAGAGCCCUGCCUCACUUUGGAAUGUGGAUAAGUCUUCUCUGGAUUCGUGGGGAUCAGAAAGAACUUCAGGUUGAUGUGGGCCCCUAUCUAUCCAUAUACACUCCUGGCACAAAUUGUGUCAUCUUUGGAAGUGGCAGGGCAAUGCAUGCUUGGUGGACCACUUGGUGGGUAGAGCUUUUUAAAAAAUAGUAUUAGUAUUUCAAGAAGAGUUUUUGUAUUUUUCACUUUUUUGCACACAAACUAUUUGAGGUGAUUUGGCCAAUGGUAUUUCGCAUCCUGUGUCUGACACCUCGCUGGAAUCCCAGCAAGAAGAAGCAAUGAAGGGUGGUGAUUUAGCUUGGAGUUGGGAAACUGCAGCCAGUGAACAUGAAGCCCACAAUGCCUGUCUGCAGCUGGAGGGAGAGAACAGGGGUCUUCUCCAUGAAGCAGAGCUUGGCAUGUUCUUGUUUUCUAAUACUCACAAAUUAGCUUGAAUUAGUGAAGUUAUCUGGAUAUUAAUGUUGGAUCUUGUAGGACCGUUUUCACUCAAUAGAUCCAUAAAAUAGGAUUUGCAGGUAGUCCUCAACUUAUGAAAUGCGACUUAUGGCAACCUGAACUUGAACGGCUGUCCCAUUAACUUUAUUUUAUUUUCGAGUCCCAAUAGUUAUAAUGUCCAGCGCUGUCUGCUCCAUCUGCUGUAGGAUAAGAUCAGCUGGCCACACUGCUACAAGGAACCAUAUUUCUUAUUGACUCAGUCAGUACAUCUA